UGAUUUUGCAUUUCCGGGGAAGAAACUUGUAUGUAAAUAAUACAGAUCUCUCCCUUGUCAGCUCCUGCACACUGCUUUGUAUGGCUCUGCAUAGCAGAGCCAUACAAAGCAGUGUGCUUAUAGUGUAAAUCACACACACACACAGCAAAACAGCAGUUAACCCUUUGAUUGCCCCAGAUGUUAACCCCUUCCUGCCCAGUGUCAUUAGUACAGUGUCAGUGCUUUUUUUUUAGCACUGAUCACUGUAUUGGUGUCACUGGGGAUGUCAGUGACAGUCAGUUCCCGCCAGUGUCAGAAUGCCCGCCGCAGUCCCACUUA